UCGCGCUAGACGAUAUUUACCUGCGCGCGCGAAGUCCCGGCAGGAGCGUAUCCGCCCUCGCUCGCGCACCCCCCUCGGGCCCCGCAGGCCUUGCACGCAGGCACGCACGCACGCAACGGCGACCCGGAGGACGAGGACAGAGCGCGCCAUGCGACAGUCUUAGGGACACGCGGGGGCGAGGAGCGGGACGGGAUCUGCGAUCAAUAAGCGGCUAAAACGUCGAAGAUGCUGCCGAAGUUGCUCGCGCUGCUGCUCUGGGCGGCAAUUCCGAUUGCGCUGUCCCAGAGCAACUAUGCGUCGCAGGGCAACAGCAUCGAGUAUCAGCCGGGACUGCCGCCGAGCACCGUCCUCGACGGCAAAGUCACCAAGCUGGACGACAUCUCGCCGAUUAUAUUUCUGAAUCGAACGAAAGCCGUUCUCAAUUGCGGACAGGGCAGCAUGCAGGUCGAGCUCAAGUUCAAGGAGCCGUUCUACGGGGUGGCUUACGCCGACUUUGAUCGCAACAGCGCCUGCAUAUUCAAAGGACGGGGCGCGACCACCGCCAAAUUGGAGCUACCUCUCAAGGGAUGCGGCACCAGGCAGGAUCCGCUGCGCGUGUUCACCAACAAUGUGGUCGUUCGCUUCCACCCCGGAUUAGAGAUGGACGGAGACGAGGUUAUCACUAUAGUCUGCAGAUACCCUCCACCCGUGGCGCCGGCACCUCCCGCGCCGCCGGCCAGCAUAUCGGCCACGUUGGCGCCCGCGCCGGUGACCGAACCGCCGCUCAAGGGUUUCCAGAUCCUGCUGAUUAUCUGCGCGAUCCUGUUCCUGUCGCUGCUGCUGUUGGGCCUCGGCUGCUCCUACAUGUGCCUGAAGCGGCGGAACGUUCGCGUGGUGCACCGCCACCCGUUCGAGAGCGGCACCGGCUCCGAGAUAACGAAACUCUCGGGCUCGUCCCUCAGCAACAUCACCAUGUUCGAGGGCCUGAAGAUACCCCGCGCGCACGCCCUCCUCCACGCGGCCGCGGCGUCCACUUCCGGUAGCGAGGUGAAUCUCGUGAUCGAUCAUUCGGACACGCUGCCGAGCGACUACCCGAGCGAAAGCCACUCCGAGGUCGACGAAGAGCGCUCAUUGCCCGUGUCCUCCGCCGGAUCCUACGACAACAAGGCGUUCGUGGACCACCACGAGGUGCAACGACAGGUGGAGAUGCGCACCUCGAGCUCCCUAUACUCCGAGACAGUCGCCGCCGAGGUGGAGACCUCGUCGACGACCGCUGCGAACGCGUCCCGGGUGAUGGUGCCGCGACACCCGGUGGCGGUGCCGAUCGAGCCCAAGUUCGACGUGCAGAUGCGAGUGAAGAGAGCCCCGCCGCCGCCGCCGAGUCCGCUGCCAUCGGAAUCGGACGUGGCGAGCGUCGCCCUCGAGAGGAACCUCACGACCAUCCUGGAGAGAGAGGAGUCCAGCAUCACUCGUUCGCUCGAGUCUUCGCCCUACCGUAUGACGACCUUCUCCUACGUUCCCGAGCUCCACGGACCGCCGGGAGGCGCGUCGUCCGUCUCCACCAUCUCCCGGCAGCAGACGCCGCCGGUCUACUCGAGGAUCCUGCGUAAACAGGCCGAGAGGGAGACCACCGUGACCAGCCAAGACAAGCUAUCUUCGCCUGUGGCCGAGCAACCGGCGUUGCAGCAUCACGAGAUUCGCCGGCCGAGAUCCCUGACCUCCCUGAACACCGAACUCACGGAGAGCCGCUCGCUCACCGAGGUGACGGACGCCUCCCACGCUAAGUACAGGGUGGCGAGUAUCCUCGCGCCCACUCCGCCGCCGCCGCCGCCAAUCGCGCCCACCACAUCCACCACCGCGACCCACACCGCCAUUCAACAUCGCGAGCACCGUCUGCUGCGCGACGAGAUGACCGAGCCGCUGGUCGAGCCGCAGGUGGUCGCGCCCCGCCGUCCGGAGAUCACGACCCACGAGGUGGACGACGUGUUCCUGAGGACCGUCACGGAGAAGAAGACGAUCGAGGACGUGGAGCGGCAUUGCCGGCAGGUGACCGAGUAUCGCGCCCGAGCCCAGCCGCCGCCGGAUCUCAAGUGGGACGUCACCAUCAGGAACUACCCGACGGAGGACCUGCCGCCGCCGCCGCCCGAAUGGGAGAACUUCUCCGACGUGAGCUCGACCUCCAACCUGACGAUCACGAACGAACCGACGCAUCACCACCUGACGGACGACGAGCCGGACGUGAACAUCGAGCCGACGUACACGACGCGCGCCGAGAUACCCUGCAGACCGCCACCCUCGGCGACGCGUCGUUCCCUGGACGACUCCGACGCCGACUGGUACACCAGGUUGGCGCGCGUGCUGGAGCCGCGUUACGCCUCCGAGCUGACGGAGGAGGAGCGCGGCAAGUGGCGCGAGAUCAUCACGACGGAGAGCACGCUGAGGACCUUGCUGACCGAGGCGGUGGUCAAGGAAGACUACGAGCUGAUACGAAAGGACGCGAGAUACGUGAAUCUGUUCCCGCCGGCCAAGUGGGACGUGAUCAUACGGAUCUUGGGCCCGCCGUCGGGCCACAACGGCUCGUCCUCCAGCCACGGCAAGAAUCACGGGCAACGGUACAAGCGCUCCAAGUCGUCCGAAUGGGACACCAGGUCCCGCCGGUCCUCCCUGCCGACCUUGUACGAGUACGAGAGCGACGGUGGUAGCUCGGCUCGCACCAACCAGAGCCACCACCUGCAGACCUCGCAGUCCGCGACGACCGUGGCCGCGCAGAGCCGUUCGCGCCGAUUCGCCGGCUCGAUUCACUCCCGCGGUGCCGGAGGUGCCGGCAGCGAGGCCGACCUGAGAUCGAUGUCCGAGAUGACGGUGCGCGACUUCGCCAGGGUGGACAGGGACGACCUGACCAGCCUGAGCUCCUUCGAAGGCGCGGACUCUCUGGUCAGAUCGCUCAGCCAGCCGAGUCUGGCGAGGUCGGGCUCCGAGUUCACCGAGCACUGGGGUAUGCCCUCCGGGAUCAUGGAUCUGCCGCAGUGGGCGGCCGAGCACGACGGCGCCAGCUCGGUGGAGACGACGCCGCGCGUCAUCCGACGGGGCGAUCGCCUGGAGGUGCUCACCUCCUUCGACGAGCACAGAGGACGCGCCGGCCUCGGCCCGUCCAUCGUCAGAUCCAGCCGGUACAGCGAGAGGGAGCUCAACGUGCGCGUGUCCGAGAGUCAGAGGGCCUCGGAUUGGUUCCACGACAACAAUUCCGAGCCGGAGAUGCAGAUCUGAGCGGACCGGAGAUUCCUACAUUCUCGCUGUUUUACCUCGAGCUCCUCUUUUACGCGCGACGGCGACGCUCCUUGAUCUCGAGAAGCGAUCUCUCGACCGAAUCUCCUCGCCGUCGUGUUUUCAUUCGUCAAGAGGCGAACGAAACGGCGGUGUAUUUUUUUUCAAUCGCUCGCGUAUUCGGCCAAAUUUCCCGAUUUCGUUGCACCUCGGACGAGAAUUGAUUUCCGCUCUUUCAAAAGGGAGGAGAGCUCCGUCGUAAUGGACGUAAAAGUCAUCUUCCGAGGUAGGGAGAGAGAGAUCGAACGAUGCAGGGUGUCGUAAGUAUGAGUCGAGAUUGAAACUUCAAGAUACCGUCGGAAGGUUGCGCGGGCCACUUUGCGGAUUCGAAGUAUUUCGCUCGGGAGCGAGGUGAGGUAUGUACGCGCCGCUCGAGGGAUUAAAGGAUAUCGCGAAAGAAGUUCGUGAAAGUCGAGCUCGCAUGCAACUACAACGACGCGACGGAUCGCGAUGCGAUGUAUCGCGAGCACCACUCGUAUAUCCGUUUUCUCUUCUCCUUCCCCCUCCACGGCCGUCUUCGCCCCUCCCCCCGAUAUAUUUACGCGGCUGUACACACGAGCGGAUACGGCGUUUGUCUCACUCCCAAGGAAAUACUUUCCUAUGUAUGAUCGAUAUCUUGCCAAGAACGACGGCGUUCGCCGUAAAAUCCACUUAUUCGCGCCGAGUGGUCAGCCGUUUCUUCCUUUCGUCCUUACGUCGAUUAUACACGCUGUCCUACUUUCCGUCCGGCCACCCUCACGGCCGCUCACUGCCCGAGGACUCCCGCGCACCCACGCCCCAAUUUUCCGGGGCGAUUCCGUCAAGAUCUCUCCCGAUGUCCCGAGACCAACGCCACUCUCUUCACACCGUCACUCGUGAGACGCGAGUUUUUACAACGCGGUCUCAGGCGCGAGUGGGUCUGCAGAUUCUGGCGAGAUUUCCACCACCGAGGUCGAUUCCCGAUCGCGCGAAUUAAUCCAUCGCAGAGCCCGCCCCGCGGACGAUCACUUCGACGACUCGUGUGCUCUCGUAAAAAACGACAGCCGCGUCGAAUCCGGGGAAAAUUCGCGAAUCGAUACAGAGAGAGAGAGAGAGAGGGAGAGAAACGAAGGUUCCUUGAAAAAUUUCCCAGCCACCCGCGCGGGCUUCGAUGGAUUAAUCGGCAAAUCCGUCCAACUCCACUCACACCCCUUUUUCACGAUCCACGGGGACAAUGCGAGAGGUAGACAAUCGCAGGAUGGGAAACAACAAACGACAACAAUAAUAAUAAUAAUAACGAUAAUAAUAAUAACGAUGAUAAAAAUAAUAAUAGUAAUAGAAUAUAAUAAUCGCGCCGAGGGAUCGAGCGCGCUACGCGCAGCUCUCAGCUUCCUAACGUUCGAUAGAUCGCCGCGAUCUCCCACCGGGGUGAUUCGCGCGGGGGUGAGCAACAUGCGACUCGAGAGAAACCACCCUUUCCGCCCCUCCCCCCUCUGUGGCCCUACCAAGCCCCCUCGUCGGCGGUGCAACUGCGAUAAUAGUCUUACUUAAGUAGGUAACGAAACACACUGGUGCUGGGUUAUACGCUUCAAACGUUAGCUAGAAUCUCCCUCUUCAAGAACAAACAUACCCAAUCAAUCACCCUGGCCCCCUUGUCCCCUCCCGUGCCCACUCUCUCCGUCCACGGGUCCCUUUCCCCGAUUUACAAUGUAUUAUCGUCGGAGUACCCGGACUCGACCGAGAAAUAGCCGGUCUAUCGACCGACACGGUACGUACCCGCGUAGAUAGGUGUAUUUGUGUAAUUACGUAUUUAGGGCUAAUGUAUAUUCUCACGCGCGUUGAAUCUUUGCGUAACUCCCUCUAUCUGUCUCUCUCUUUCUCUCUCUCUCUUUACGCGCAAUUAUUAAGGCUUACGAAGUCUUCCUUUGAAUCUUGAACCGCGAGACGGCAAUGCGGAGCUCGCGAAGUCCCGGUCGACGCAUGUUGAUCAACGACACGUUAACGACGUGUGAUUCCUCGCGAUUGCGCGCGCGUAAUCGACGGAGUUUCUCUCCAUCUCGCGUCUCUUCAGCAAUCUCGGCAUUCCGCGGAUUUAAGCGACGAUGGCGCCUUUAUGUGCGCGUACCGUUUUAACAUUAAUGGACACGAUAAUGAACGAAAUAACUUGAUGUAAUUCGCGCGAGUUUUCAUCGCGAUAACGCGAAAUGUCGCAAGAGCGAUGGAAUGUAAUAUACGAUAUCGUAUCGAAAUAAAAUCGCUGUUAGUCCCUGGAGUUAUUCCAAAUUAUGCAAGAAGGAUAAACGCAAGGAUCCAAUCCACAUGGAAUGCGCGUAUAGGCUACCUGUUGGUAGCAAAAUCUCAAAAAUGAUAAUUGUAGAAUGGACCCUUCUUGCAUAACUAUGACUAAUUGCGGAACGUUCGCCAUCUUAAUUAUUCCUGCGCAAUUGCUAUUUAUAUUGACGGUCAGUGCGCGUUGUAUCAUAAUUUAUACGCCGUGACGUUUGAUUAUAAUAUUUAACGAUACUACCGAUGACGGAACAACUGUCCUUCUCGUUAUUCAUAUGCAAUUCACAAUGCAAUCGAGUAUGCGCGAGUAUAGAGCAUGUACGAGUUACGAUCGAUAGCCCGAUUCCGAGUUGAAUGUUUGUUUGCGAGAUAAAUCCGUCCAAGGAUUUGGAAUUAAUGUUACACGAUAUCGUAUUAAGCGCGUGAUUUUCUGCGAAUUCUGUAGGACGCGAUGCAGAGAAAGGGAGAGAGAGAGAAAGGGAGGGAGGGAGGGAAAGGGAGGGAGAGAGAGAGAGAGAGAGAGAACGACCAUUUGACUCUCUCCCCGUAUGCGACAAUGUAAAUCAAAAUCAGCGCAAUAAAGUUACGCAUAUUUUAACCGUCGAAACGAAUAUCGCGAUCGGCGUUAAGCCCACACGCAGAUCGAUGAAUAAAACAUAAAGUGCGCGAUGCAUGAAAGGAAUAUCAAGCGCGAUUAACGAGGUAAUAAAUCAUACUGAGAAAUUACUUAACAAGUCUUAUCAACGUCCGAGUUUUCGCCAAUAAAUUACAUCGACCUCUCGGGACGUGUCUCCGGUCGGAAAGAAGAAAAAAGAACGCGAAGAAGAAGAAGAAAAGGAGAAAAAAUCGCUGCGAAAUUGCGAAGUGAAAAUUCGAAGAGAGGGAAAAUAUCGCUUACGAUAAGAGGAAGAAAAACUAAUUAGACGCCUGUAUUUAACUCACGGAGACGCGAUUGAACGAACCAAGACAGCAACGGGAAGACGCGAUCGCCACUUAUAUCAGGUGCAAUAGCCGCGCUGUAUAUCGUUAGAAAUUAACGUAACGAAUAACCUUUAGAUAUGAUAUAUAUAUAUAUAUAUAUAUAUAUAUGCUUAUGUAUACAUAUAUUUUUUAUAUCGAAUUUUCCGACGAAAAAAUUGCGAAUUGCGUUUGAAUCGACUGUCCCUUUUGAGAGUCGUACGCGUGCCCGCGCAACAACAAUAUUAUUCAUCCGGGCGUGAGCGCUACGAAUGGGUGCUAUCGGGGAUGUAAAUAACAAAAGGAAGAAUCAAAUUAAAGGAAAACACAGAGAGAGAGAGAGAGAGAGAGAGAGAAAGAAAUAACCGUCUCUAGUAAAAUAAUUGGGUGGUAAUGUUAGAACGUUCGUUCUCCUCGCGAUUGUUACUUGGAGAGAAAUGCGGCGGACACCUAAGUUCGGAACUAAACAUUGUAACUCCUAAUAAGCGCCGGCAGCCGCAGCGAGCCGCGCGUCCGAGCGCGUUGCAAAUCACGUAACCCACGUCGCUUCGUAUUAUUCUGCAAGAGAUUAACAGAAAACGGCGCGGCCCGACUUCGCGUUGUCGAAACAUCGACGAGGUAACCCGGCUCGACGGUGAUUACGAUAUACGAAUAAACGGGGAUGUGUAACACUUCGAGCUUUGGCGCGAGUUCGGUGAAUAUGGCUAUUAAUAAAAUUGGUUAUCCAAUGCGGCUUGUAUUGUUAUUCACUUAUUGCCGAAUAAACUUGAUGAUGCCUGCA